CUCAAGACCAGUCUCUGCUGUGAACCAUUCUUGCAGAAGAACAAUUAAUUCCCAAAGACCCUUUCCAAGUGUUCUCUCUUCGCCCAAAUCUCAGUUUUCAACUCCCCUCACCUGCUCUGCAAGGUUGCAUUCUCUCUCUGAGUUCCCAGGCCCCUAAAAGGUGAUAACUGAGAAAAGGAGGCUAACAAUCUUUGGUGGGGACUUUGGGUGACAUCAUAUCCUCAAAUACGAAGUCAGCUCUGUCUUCAGCGGGCUAAGGGAGCAGUUUUCUCACCCUCCACGCCCCCCUCCCCGCACUUCCCGCCCUGUUCCUGGGCCCCUCCCCUAGAGCCCUAGCUUGACCUAAGGUGCUGAUGGGAGCAUAUCAUGGCCUCACGGUUGACCUGCUUUCUGUUGCUGAACCUGCUACUGCUGGAUGUCACUCGGCUCCAGAGUUCAGGACAGUUCCGAAUGUCACCAAAGAAAAUGGACGCCAAAGUUGGCCAGAAGGUGGAGCUGACAUGUGAAGUGUUUUUGACCACUUCGCAAGGAUGCUCUUGGCUCUUCCAGAACUCCAGCUCCAAACUCCCCCAGCCCAUCUUCAUCGCCUAUUCGUCCUUCUCCGGGAACAAGCUGAACGAUAGAUUGGAUCCGAAACUGUUCUCUGCCAAGAGGGAGGACACCCAAAAGUACAUCCUCACCCUGAACAAGUUCGUCGAGGAAAACCAAGGCUAUUAUUUCUGCUCAGUCACCAGCAACUUAGUGAUGUACUUCAGUCCUCUCGUGCCGGUCUUUCAGAAAGUGCACUCUACUACUACCAAGCCAGUGUCGCGAGCUCCCACACCGGUGCCCACUACCGGGACAUCUCCGCCCCUGACACCAGAAACUUGCCGGCCCGGGGCGGGUGGCUCAGUGGAGGGGACGGGAUUUGACUUCGCCUGUAAUAUUUACAUCUGGGCACCCUUGGCCGGAAUCUGCGGGCUCCUUCUGCUGUCCCUGGUCACCACUCUCAUCUGCUACCACAGGAACCGAAGGCGUGUUUGCAAAUGUCCCAGGCCCCUAGUCAGACAGGGAGGCAAGCCCAGACCUUCAGAGAAAUUCGUGUAAAAUGGCGCCGCCAGGAAGCCACAACUACUACAUGACUUCAGAGAUCUCUUGCAAGAGACAGAUCCUCCUUUUUCAGUUUCCUGUUGUCUUAUAUAUUGUCCUCUGUAUUGUUUUAGUGGGGGUGGGAUGAGGACAGUUCCUUUUUCUUUAUGAAUUCUCUUUGACACAAAACAUACUUGUAUGCGCACAAUGAGGUAAAGAGCAGACCGUAACACCAGAGCUAGUUCCAGUUUCAGGGUCCGUGUAGCUGGUGGCCUCAGAACCCAUUUGAUGAUAUAAAUCUCCUGUCUGCCCAUCAUAUAAAAGAAGCUGGAGAUCAGAGAUGGGCACAGCAGGAUCUACAGAGCAGGAGAGAACCCAGCACUAGCUGGUCAGGGAUCUUGCCCACAUCCCCCUGAGCUCUCCGUUUAGGUAUGUCAUCAUGUCCUUAGUGGCAUGAUGUGCCUCAAACCACAAGAGGGCAAGUGGUGUGAACCUGUUGAUCUGCUCAGCUCUGGCUGUGAGCAUCACAUGUAACAAAUCGAAGACCGGAGAACUGCCUUUAGCAGUGCACCUGGACAUCAGAGCUUCCUGUAAGGACUGGGAAGUUGCUGGCCGUCGAGUGAAGGGGUAUGGUAAAUCUAAAAAAUAGCCCCCUCUGUUACUGAAGACUAUAGUAAAACCCAAUUAUGCUAAUUAUAAUUAUUAAUAAUUAUAAUUAUUAAUGCUGUUCAAACCACCACUGUGAAAUUCCUGUGGAACUAUGAUUCUCUCAGCUCUUGUACAACAGAGGGUGAGGUUUGACCAUACGAUUCAAGCAUCAGAGAAGCUGUAGGCAGGACCUCUCCUGUGCCCUACCCCAAGCCUUGAGCAGGUCUGAAACACCUUGUUUACUACAAUAGACCAAACAAGAAGACCUAGGUGGAGUUACCCACCUUGGCUACAUGUGCAACCUGCUACAGAACUUAGAAGAAUAACUGCCCGCUGAGCUUGCCUUGAGACAUC